AUUCGUACAUUCACGUAUAGAUAAUGUUUCUCUAACGCAGACAUAAAUAUUUCCGUUGCAUUAAUAUUAUAUGAAAUGAUGGUUACUAAAACAACAAUUAAGAAACGGCUACGGAAAAUUAUUGUUGUUGUUGGCAGUCAUUUUGCUCAGAUGCUAUCAUCGGGGAUGAGUUUUUCCUUUGGGAUCUUAUAUAGGGAAAUACGACUGGAGUUCGGUACGAGUCAGUCGGAUGCGGCGUGGGCGGCAUCUAUGUUUAACUCGUUACUUGGAUUUGUAGGAUUACCACUUGGGGUGCUGACCCACAGAACUGGAGAAAGAUGGGUUGCUGUAGUGGGUGCAGUUCUACUGGCAACCGGUAUGCUAACCAGUAUGUUUGCAACAAGAAUGAGCACUAUUUACAUCACGUAUGGACUGAUCGCAGGUUUGGGUUCCGGAAUAAUACACUAUUGUGGAAAUACCAUUCUCGGGCCACACUUCAAUGACAAAUGGAGACCAGUAGCUAUGACGAUAGCUAAUGCAGGAGUUCCUUUGAGUUCUUUGAUUUUACCACCUGUCAUGACGGUUCUAAUUGAAAAAUUCGAUUGGAGGAAAAAUUUUAUGCUCCUCGCCUGUGUAUCUCUAAUUGGAAUACCAUCCGGUCUUGCUUUCUCUCCACCGGAGAUCGACGUAAUCGAAGGAGAAGAAGGCAUGAUGAAAGAACCAUCUAAAUUAAAAACAUCUGUAAAAAAGCUAUUGAAGAAUAUAAACUUUAUUCUGUACUUUGCCGCUUCGUUUUCUGCCUAUUUCGGACUGUUUGUUCCUGCAACAUUUCUACCAGAUCUUAUGUACGAAGCUUACAGAAGUUCCACUGAUGUAUAUAUUGUCGUGAUGGUUCUAGGGUCAACAGAUUUUCUUGGACGACUACUGUUCGGAGCUAUUGCCCACAAAUUGCCAAGAUUCAUACCGUUUAUUCAAAGUAUGGGUUUCCUGCUGUUCGGUCUAGGAACGGCAGUUAUCACCUUCGCAAGAUCGUUCUUGGCAUUUAUCAUAUUGGCAGCUAUUGUUGGUUUAGGAUCAGGUGGUUUUAGCGGAUUGCACUGUGUUAUGGCUGCACAUGUUGUUCCUGUGAAUGAAAUGAGACUUGCCUACGGUCUUGUCAUAAGUGUAGGAGGGUUUCCAAUGUUGGCUGGUAUGCCUCUUGCAGGUUUAGUCACAGAUUCCUUUGGAACUCAAAGAGGGGCAUACAUCUUUAGUGCAUGUCUUUUCGGGUUUGGAUCAUUUUUAACUUGUAUGAUAGGGGUUAGAGAGAUAUGUGGUCAUUCCAGGAGUUACGAAUUUGAAGAGCACGAGCUAAAAUACCGUGUACAAAGUAAUGACAAAGAAACUAUUCAGGAACAAGGUGUGAAAACUCAGCGUUUUGAAGAAAAUUAAUAACCCAUAAAUGAUAAGUUAUUUUCCACAGAAAUAGAAUCAGAUUAGAUUUUUAAAGAAGUAUACUAGAAAUACUUUAACAUUUCACCUUCUGAGAAUGUUACUGAGUGGUAACUAUGGAAAUUGCACACUUUAUAUACCGGAAUGGUUGCAGAUAAUUUGAGGUAGUGCCAUUAUCAUUUAAAAAUAGAAGAAAAAAACAUCGCCAAUACUUAACAAAAAUAUCCUUUCAAUUUUGUUCGUUAUAUCUUGAUCUUUUUGUAGAAGAGUUCUUACAAUUUUGAGAUAAUAGGUAAACACGUGAUACAGAUAUCAAGAUAUUUCUGCGUAUGUCUAUAUGUGUGAAGUGCAAAGAGUGUUAAAUUUGUUUAUUUGUUUCGGGUUUAACGCCGUUUUUCAAUAGUAUUUCAGAUAUGUAACGGCAGGCAGUUAACCUAACCAGUGUUCCUGGGUUUUGUACCAGUACAAACCUGUUCUCCGCAAGUAACUGCCAACUUCCCCACAUGAAUUAUCAGAGGUGGAGGACGAAUGAUUUCAGACACAAUGUCUUUUAUCACAUUGUCACGGAGAACACACGUCCCGCCCGAAAAAGUGGACAUGUUACUUUGGGACCUGUAUUUUUCUUACAAUGACUUACCAUUUUUAUGAAUAAUUGUGAUACAGGUGUCUUUGCUGAUGAUAAAACGAUACACACCAAUAAUAAAGACCAUACAGUUGUCGAAACAUUUCCUAGAAAAUUGCUUGACGAUAACAUAACCACGGUAUUGUGAUUAUGAAUGUCAGUAUAAAUAUUCAUUCUGAUAAUUGGCACUUUUUGACAUUUCUGUCACAUAUCAUAUUACUAAAUAUCCUCGCAUAGAUUUAAUAGUUCUACUCCAGCCUUUGUUUCGUUAAAGGUGACGUAAAACUUGAGUAUUGUAGACAUUGGAUUGUGUUGUAAAUGUAUAUUUACCUAUUUGAAAAUGAUCAUGCAAGCUAGAGAUUGCUUUCAACUUUAUAAAACUUCAUCAUCGUGACAAACUAUAUAUAAUAGCUACUUAUUUGAGUCAUAUGUAUUCAAGGUCAUUAUAUGUGUAUUGUUGUUACUGUUCACCAUAAAGUUUUGUAUUUUUAUGCCUCACGAAUUGUAAGAAAGAAAUAUACUAUAAACUUUA